GAGGGACGACUUGGAGGUGCUACAUUGUAGCUGAUCCUGUGUGGAGAAGAACAAGUGACAUUUUUCUGUUCUCAGGACCAUAAAAUUCUGCCUUUCUUGUGUCAAUCCCGGUCGACAGUGGGUAGUUUUGUGACAAUUGCAUUGUUGUUGGAUUAUAGAGAGUGCCCAAGUUACUGUGAGUGUGACAGUGUGACAUUCUCGUCACAAUAAUACAUGACGUGGAUAAGCAAGAAAAACAUGCUAUCUUGGAUAUCUAUUUACUGGAGUAGAACAGGAAUGCUAUGACACUCAUUGAUGGACAUUUAGAGUCAUAACUGCCCAAAAUGGAUAAAUUUCACUCCAUAAGUUCUCAACCCGAUGACGUCUCCAAUGUCAGUUUCGGCUCCCAUCUGGAGUACCCAGAUGGAUCCAUACCAACUGUCACAAAGGCCCACAGUGGGCGAAUGUCUCCAGUCCGGGCAAGGACCAUGAAGGAAUAUGAUCAGCAAAUUGCCGACUUAAAAAAGGAGAACUUUAGCCUCAAGUUGAGGAUCUACUUUCUGGAGGAGAGAGUCCAGCAACAGUUUGAUGGAGACAGUGAGGCAUUGUUCAAGACGAACAUCAACCUGAAAGUGGAGACAGAAAGCAUGAAGAAGGAACUUAUGGAUAAACAGGAGCUCCUCAAGAAAGCCUCUCAUGCCAUGGAAAGUCUCGCCACGCAACACCAGGUAGAAGUCCAACAGAUCCGCGAACAGCUUGAGCGAGACUCUGGGCACCACAUGACGGAGUUGGAGGACAAACUGCGCAUCAGCGAGAAAGAUUGCUACAGGCAGAAACAAUCGCUGGACGAGGCUAACUUGCGUCUACAGGAACUUGAGCGGUCGAAUAAAGAAUUGCUUGAUACCAUCGAGUCCCAGGUUGCACAGGAUAAACAGGACGAGGUUGAGGAAAAAUACAAAGACCUGCUUUCGGACCGUGAUCUCCGCAUAGAAGAUCUAGAACACCACCUGGAGGAGAUGGAGGUCAAAGUCAAAGAUCUCGAAGUCGAGAAAGUGGAGACGUUGAAGAAUCUCCAGACGCGCAUCUCGGCGUUACAGAAUGAUAUGCCGGCCGGUUCCGAGGAAAAGGUGGAUGCUGAGAUACAGACAGCAGAGUUGGGUUAUGCGCGGGAGGAUAGCCGGGAUGUUGCUGAUGGUGCUAAUGAGAGUAAUGCUCAGAAUAAGGAUGCAGUAGAAGAACACCGACGGAAGGUCGAAGAGUUGGAGGUCGUCCUCGAUCAGUUGACAUCGGAGCUCUCGGAGAAGGACGGCACGCUGGAAAAUUUGGAAGAAAGGUUAAAAGAUCGUGAAAAGUCAAUCAAGGAUCUUCAGAAUAAAGUGACGCGAGCAGAAGAGGACGGCCAGCAGUUGAAAGAAAGUGCCCAAAAGAAAGACAAAGCCAUCCAGGGCUUGACGCUGGCUCUUCAUGGGAAAGGCACAGAGUUGGAUAAGUUGUGCGAGAAGAUCCAAGAACUCGAGGGCAAGCUGACCGCGGCCAAGGCGGAUCUCCAUCGUCAUCACAUGUCUAAGUACCAGGAUGAGGAGCAGGUCCACCAGAAGCUGAACGACCGCGAGGGCGAACUUGCAGAGCUCGAGGCGCAGAUGAGGAAGAAACAACUGGAACAGGAGAGAUUGGAAAAGGCUGUUUCUCGGAAGGAGGCCGAGCUGCGUGAGUUGAAAGAGAAGGUCGUGCAACUUGAGGAGGCCAUGCAGCAGAGUGAGCAGACGUUACAGGAAUUGAGCGAUAAGCUUCAAGACGAGAAACAGAUCAGCAAGAGGCGUGUGGAGGACCUGGAGAAUCAGUAUCAGGGCGCGGUCGAGGACAGCCAACGCCAGCUGCAGAGCAAGGAUAAACUCGUCCAGCAACUGACGAAAAGUCUACGUGAGAAGGACCAGCAGCUCCAGCAGUAUAUGGACAUGGUCCAGGAGGCGUCCAAUAAGCCUUACACGGAAAACAAGGACCUGAUAAUCAGCAACUUGAGGGAGAGACUCAAGGAGAGGGAGAAGGCACUAGAGAAUGCUAUGGAAGAGAAAUUCAAGUUGGCAGAAGAAAAAGAUGGCGAGACGCGUCAAAACAAGAUGGCGAUUCGAGAGAAGGAUCGUGAUUUAGAACGUGCCAAUCAAGCGCUGCUCACAGCUGAGGAAACUAUUGACACUUUGGAGAGAGAAAUGAAAGAAAAAGAUCAAACCAUGAGGCAGCUAACUAACGCUCUGCGGGCGAGACAAAAGGCUUUAGAGGAGGCGCAGGACAAUUACAGCCGGGGCAUCGAAGAGAAAGAGGGCCUGAUCGGGAAACUUCAAAAAUCGUUAGCGAAUAAGGAUCAAUACAUGGAAGAGUUGAUCAACCAGCAGAGUCCUGGUGGCAGCGACGUCGUCAUUGAGCAACUUCGACAGCAGAUCGCAGAAAAGGAUCGUCUGCUCGAGGAGAUGAUGACUGAGCGGAGUAAGGCAGCGGUAGCCAAUGAGAAAGCAGCUAAUGACCUCCUCGGGAAGCUCAGGGACAAGGAUGAUGAAAUCAAGGAUGUGACGGAAGACUACAACCGCCAAGUGUCCCAGCUCAAUAAGGAGUUGCAGCGGCUGCAGACGGACAUGAACAAGAAAGAUUACGAGAUCCAGCUCCUGACGAACCGCGCAACGUGGGCUGAGGAGCAGCAGCAGGCCAUGAUGGACAAGAUGAGGGCGGCGCUCGGUGAGAAGGAUAAAACCAUUGAGGCCUUGGUAGAAAGCGGCCGCGAGAAGGAUAAAAUGUUUCGCCAGAUACAGGAAUCAUUUGCCGCCCAACAACCGCUCUCGGCGAGUCGAUCCGCCGAGCUCCUUAACCUCAGGGACGAGGUUGACAGGUUACAGAAUGAAGUUCUCUCGAAAGAAGGUUUGGUGUCGCGUCUGCGCGCCAACAUGGACCGCAACCCGCAGCAUCAAGUGAGCAAGUCAGCGUACGAGGAUGUGAUGUCAGAGUUGGAAAAACAGGAGAAGAGCAGACGUGAGGCUGAGAGGGAAGCGUCAGAGGCCAAGGAUAAGGCGGCCAAACUAAUGCAACAGCUGUUAUCGUCCAAGGACAAGGACAGUGAGAAUGAACGACUGAAGAUUGAAAUCGUGAAUCUUCAUGAGCAGCUGGACCGUCCCGGUACACCGCAGAGAUCUCAGACGACAGGGGGGAGCGAGACACAUGUUCAUAUCAACCAGAUGCUCCAGGACCAAUUGAGAGAAGCGCAGAAUCUCCGCGACAUCCUCAAGGCCGAGAAGGCCGUCUAUAUCAACUUGAAUCAGUCUGAAGAAAAACCACAAUCAUCGAGUUCAUAUCAUCACGAGAUCACCGUGCAGCUGAGCCAGAUCGAAGCUCUCCGCCAUCAACUCCAGGAGAGCAUCGAGAGUAACCAACAGCUACGGGAACAGUUGGAGAAUCAGCUCAAGCAAUCAUCGGCAUCACCCAAGGGAGAAAAUUCCGCUUCCGGCCACGAUAGUGACAAUCUACAAAAAGAUAACGAGGCUCUCCGCAACCAGCUGGAGGAGGCAAAGCGAUGGAACUCGUCGCUCCAGUCGCGGCUGAACCAACAGCAAAUGCGCGGGGGCGGUGUUGGCGCCGCCGAACCGGACCUCGGCACGCCGGAUUCCAAGAAUACAACGUACGCUUCCAUCUUGUACGACCCUGAAAAACCUGCCGAGAUAUUGUUCGACAGUGACCAGGUACUCCUCAAGAUGGCGCCGGGUGAGUUGCGGCAGGAGAUAGCAAAGUUGAGGAUGCAGCUGCGCGACGCCCAGGAGUUCGGGGCGGAGAAUGAGAUGAGGGCGAUUCCGGGAGAGAAUGAGAUGGAUAAGGCUAAGAGGUCUGAAGUACCCCACCUUAAGAAGCAGUUGGAAUUCCUCGAAGGGAAGCUCGGCGAGGCCGACAGACUCAACGAGUCGUUGCAGAACCAAGUCGACAGCGCCCUCGAUGAGCGGUCGGCGAGUCUCACCAACAGCAGACGUGACGAACUGAUCUCAAAGCUACGCCACGAGUUACAAUUGGUGCAGAACGAUCUCAAGGAGAAGACGAUGCAGAAUAGGUCUCUCGUCGACCAACAGGGGGUGUUCGAGUCGCAGCUGGCCGUCGCCAAAUCGUUGUCGGAGAAGAGCUUGUCGCCGGGGAAACUGGACGACCAGCUCCUGCAGAUGAAACACCAGUUGCAACACGUGCAGCUCAGGCUCCAGGAGAAGUGCGUGGAGUGUGAAUCGCUACGGCAACGCGGCGAUGCACUCGGGUGUAGUUCGGAGUUGCUCACGUUGAAAUUGGAGUUACACAGUAUUCAGCAAGAAAAUCAAUUACUCAGGGAAAAGUUGGGGUUGAGUUCGGGGGAUGUUGACUUUGGUGCGUUGCCCAGUGUCAAGGACUUGCAGAAUGAGAUUUCGCAAUUGGAGUCCAAGCUCAGGGAGGAGGACCGUAGGAGUAGUCUGUAUAAGAAACAGAUUGAGAUGGACACGUCGAGCUCCGAAUUCCCCGCGGGUUUCAACCCGCAGUUGUUGGUCGACAUGUCCAAGGAGGUGGAUCGGUUGAAGAAGGAGCUGCAUCGUGCAAAGCAGGAGGCCAAGGCGUACGGGAAGCCCCCUAGUGGUGAACGUAAGAGUCAGAUCCCGGUGUUCCGCAGGAAGAGUUCCACUGAUUCGUUGGAUAAGGGGGAUGACAACGUUUCGUCUUCGUCGUCGGAGAAAGAUGGCACGUCGGAAGAGGAGAUGCGCGAGCUUCAGGUUCAAAAACGGUUGUUGGAGACGAAGCUUCUCUCCACGGAAUCCACAGUCCGGGCGCAAUCGCGCAAGAUCAAGUCAUACAGGGGAAUGUUAGAGGAUGCUGGUCUCCUGUCCAGAACGCCCUCUAGGAGUCAAAGCAUGACUAAUUUAGCGAGCGACGGUGAGGACAGAUCGCCAAGAUCGAGAUCAGGCUCGAUAGAAAAUAUUCUCAUAGCCACGUCUCGGGAGGGCUCGCCCAUCCCGCGGGGUAUCAGCGGAUUGAAUCUUGAACUAUUUGAACGUUUCGGGGAGAGUGAUGACACGUCAAUGCUUCAAGAUCAGAUAACGACCUUGAAAGGUCAAAUAGAACGCUAUCUGAAAAUAAUCAAAAGUUUGAAGGAGCGUUUAAAAAGUAUGGAACCGUUUCGCCCGGUUACUCCGCCUUCUGAGGCUUCAAGUUACUCAACUGUGAAUUCUCAGACGCCUGGAAUUAACCAUUUCUUGGCGAUGAACCAAGAUGCAUUUAAACAGCUGCAGACAGAAAUGGACUCGUUGAAAAAACAACUCCGCACGAAAGACGAGCAUAACGCAUCGUUGAUGGAUUUAUUGAGUAUGGUGUCGCCGAAUACGUCGGUCGCUCAGGGAACGGCGUCUGCUAUCCAACCCGUGCGCGCAGUCUCCAUCGAAAACGAGCUACGGAAACUAGCAAUGCAGCAGAAUCGAGACUCGACACUACAACGUGUGAUCGAUGGCUUGAAGUCGAAGUUGACCAAGGGACGCGGUCAUUGCGACGAUCUCUUGAAUCGUUUCACGGAGAUUCGCCACCUUGUGGCCGAGGUGCUGCAUCAGGGAGACGACGGCGAGGUUGACAUGAUCGACGUGACGCCGUCCAAGGUAUCGGAGUUCAAGACGAGGUUAGGCGAGGCGGCCAAUGUGACAGCAAUCCUGUCUGCUGUGCUUGAAGCAUCAGAACCAGUUGAUAGUUCCGACGAUGAAAUUCCCCGUCAGAAAAUGCUCGCCCUGCCAUCGACGGGAUCUCGGCUGGAGGAAGUCCUAGACAAGUGUUCAAAAUUAGAAAAAAACAAUAAGAUAAUAUCCGAUGAACGUGAUGACUUGAAGAAAAAAUUGGCGGAAACGAAUCGUGACCUCAUACAACAGUGUAAAAAGUUGGUCGACGAAAACGAGGACGUUAAAAGAACACUGUUGCUAAACGACGGUAAUUUAGCGAAACAGUGUAAGAAAUUGGUCGCGGAGAACGAGGAGGUUACGCAGCGCUUGCUCGAGACUGAUAACGAGCUGCAAAAGAAGUGUGCGAGCCUCGACACUAAGAACACGAUCCUCGAGCAAGAGAAGGAGGCGUUGGAACGAACGGUUCGCCAGCAGAACGAGGGUAUCGCCAAGAGUACCGAGCGCGUUAAGAAUCUCGCGAAGGAGAACGCGGAGCUGCAGCACAAGAGUAGCGAACAGGCGCUGGAACUUUUAAAGAUGGCCGCCCAAGCGACGAAGGUGAUCGCGCAAUUGGACGAGGCGCGGCGCACGCUGGUGGAGAGUGAGGUCUUGAAGAAGAAGCUGUUGGACGAGAAGACGGAAGUAGAGGAUAGGGAACGUGAUCUCAAAAAGAGGCUGUCUGAUGCGGAAGAGAAGUUAGCUGAGGCGGACGCACUGAGGAAGGAACUAGGCGCCGUCAAGACGUCACAUGAUCAGACGAAAAAAAAUCUUCAGAAACGCCUCGACUCCUAUAACCGGCUGAAGGAACACCUCAAGAGGAAUAAGGACGCCGCGGACGAGACGAGGAAGGAGUUACAUAAAUGUGCCAAGCAGAUCCAAGAGAAGGACGACCUGAUCACACAACUCAAGCAGAAACUCAGCAAGAUGCAGCAGAAGGCACGUCACCUGCCCCGCCCGGCCGGCGGUCAGGUAAUCUACAGCUCCGACGAGGAGGACAUCAAGUCUAGCCGCCAUCGUUUAAAGAUCAAACAGAGAGAGGGCAGCGCCGAGGGAAUAAAGUCAACGAUCGAGCGUCUCAGGUUGGAGAGCGAGUCCGAACCGGUCCACCAGAGGGCGAAUAAGUACGACUUGGAUAGCUUCCUAUCCUCGUCCCAGGCGUCCAUUACGGACCGGCUUAGUAUUGAAGGAUCUGACGCGGCUGCCCAGGAGGGUAAGAAGGAUUUGGUGAUGCGUUCGGAUGAUUCGUUCGCGACGGAGCGUCUCCGUCAUCGGACGGUGAGCAGUCAGAAUGGGAAUCACUUGAACAAUUCGAUGGAUUAUCUGUCGGAGGGCAGUACGACGUCGAGUCAACAUCGUCACGUAUCGCCGGCGCAUAGACCGUUCCUGAACUACGAAACGAGAAGUAACGGCGAGCGACCGGUAUCGGAACACGAACCGGAUUUCCCCGAUCUUCAUUUAUCUCUCAACGACUUUGAAAGUCAUUUCAACAUCAGUAGCCAUGGUGUCACUGCCAAGUUUAACCAACGUGGGAAAUCUCCCGCAAAACCUCGUAGUCCUACUUACAACGAAACGGAAAGAACUGAGCGAAAUUAUUCCGCGCAAAAAUCGAACGUUAUUCGGGUGUCUGAUUUGAGUCCACGAUCGCGUGCGCUGUUCCGAUCACAGUCUGUGGAAUCGGAUUGUCUGCAACGAGAGGUCGAUUCGUUGAAAUCGAAAUUGAAUGCAGCAGACGCUUUGAACGAGACUUUGAAGGACGAGUUACAGUUGUAUGAUACUUUGAGUAUUCGGACUGCGGCAACUUUGAAUACGUCGCGUAGCCAGGAUCCCGCCGGCCGGGAGAACGGUUUGAUUCUUUCGGACCAUCUGGAGGAGAUCCGUCUGCUCCGAGAGAGGCUGGAGGAGUCGAUUAAGACGUAUGAUCAGUUGCGGCAGCAGUUGGAGGAGAGGCUGUCGCAGAUGGAUGGGCAGGAAGCGGCCGACUUCGACGCGCUCCAGAAAGACUACGUCAACGUCCGGCGUCAGUUUGACGUGUUGUGCCAGGAGGUGCAAGAAAAGGAUCAUUUCCUUCAGGAGAGUAAGGAGAUUCUCGUCAGCCAGGAUAGCAUCAUCCGGGAGAAGCAGGCGGCAAAUGACACGCUGGAACAGAAGCUGCGCGAGUUUGAGACGAGUCGCGAUUCCCAGGGGGCGGAGGCGAGGAGCCGAGUCGAGGAGAAUAACAAAUUGAAGGAGGAGGUGACGCACCUGCGGGACCAGGUGAAGCGUAACGAACAACUCCUCAGGAAUCAGGCAGCCCAGCUCAAGGAGUUUUCGGAGAACGCCAAGACGGAGAAGAAUUCCUCAGAACGUUUCGAAAAUUUCGGUUUCGAGAUCGGCGACCUUUUGAACGAGAUUGGUCGGCUACGCGUCCAGCUCGAGCGGAGUAUUAACACCAAUAAUGCGCUCAGAAAGAGGCUGGAGCAACUGGCCAAAGGUGAAGGUCAGAAUCUAUCCGCAAGUUUGAGGAGUCUUCUGCAGCCGGUUGUAAACGACGGACAGAAGCCGGUCCGGGACCAGCUGGAUCGAGUGAACCUGCAUGAGUCACCCCAGGCCACCAAGAACCUGCCAACGCACGACGGAUCCAGUUUCAACACGCUCGGAGAUAAAGAAUAUCACUACCAACCUAGUAACACCCCCUGGAGUGACGUUCUAACAUCAGACAUGCGCCCAGAAAACGAACGCUUCGUCAACCGACAAUUAUUCCAAGAAUCGACAACGAAAGAUGGCGCUUCUAGGGCGCAGAGUCCAUCAGGUUGUAGAAAUCGCCCUCCAAGUCCGCAGCGUGCCGGUCGUCCGACAACUCCACAUCGGGCCGGUCGCCCGACAAGUCCACAGCAGUCUGUUACAGGACGCCCGCCGAGUCCACGGCGAACCGUCGUUGGGCAAGAAAAUAUCGCGGAAAGAUUGGGUACUCAAACACACAAUGGCGGCCAUGUGCGGUCGCAAUCGGCCAUGGGGCGACUUUCAGAACGUGACACGAUGCCGCCGCCGGACUCUCUUAAAAACGGAGGGCCUAAAUCGUAUUCGACGGAGCAUCUGAAUCUAUUUUUAGACAGCUGCGAUCGGAGUCAGAUUCGUUUGAACGGCGAUCACUACGGCACCCAGUUGAAUCCUGGGAUUGAUUCUGGGAUAGAUCUGAAAGGAUGUAGAGAUAACACGGACAGACCACUUACAACUGCUGAUCUCGGCAAAGAGAACUUCCAUCCGUCCCGCCUCGCCGCACAAUCGCCACGCCGGAAUACAUUCCAGGACGACAAAGAGAGUACCAUAACGUCGGUGUCGUCAUUGGCCGAACUAGGUGCCAGUCAUAUGUCAAACAUUCCAUUAACUGAAGUGUCCAGAUUGCGUGUGUGCUCUGAUCUCCGUUACUUGUUUGCCAUCGGGAGGCUGGACGACUACGAGUUGAUGAAGAAAGAGAUAGGGGAGAGUACCAUCAUCAUCCGGGGGAUGGAGGCCAGGUUACAGGAGAGGAUGAAGAUAUUUAAGGGGGUCAACCCGAUGCAGAAUCUUGAGUACCUCACCCUGAAGGAACUAUCGUCUGCGGUGGAGAAUUUAAACAUCUGUCUGAAAGAGCAACAUCGCGUGAUCCGUGCCUUCUGGACGUCACAGCUGCCGCCCAAGAAUCACAACGGGGAGUACGUGGACGUCAGGGCAAUGGAGGAGAAUCAGCUUCUCAGGGACAAACUGAACAAUCUCGAAGGACAAUAUACUGCUGCCAUGAAGAUGAUGAAAGCCGCACAGAAGCGAUUGCAGGCGACAAAUCGAAAGAAAGAGAAUAUGGAGGAGGCUAUUUAUAGAUCACUGGCCCAGACGGAGAAGAUGAUGAGACAGGCCAGGAGUAAUCUGCAGAGUCGUAACCCGGACGACGACGAUGACGACUACGAAUAAGACAUACUGCUGACCCGUAACGCCACCUUUUGUUCAAUAGAGACAUUACUGCCAGAAAUGAACAGCCGUCAAAGGACUUUAGUUGUAGUCAAGAACUGAUGAAAAUGUGGUGGCUGUAUUCCAUCUCGAGAAUGUGGAACUUAAUUUUAACGACUCCGACGUCUGCCGAAUGGAAUACUGUCUAUGUGUUUGUUUUUAUUUGGUAAUCUGCUGGUACCAGAUUGUAGUAUUCAAGAAGUAUUAGUUUUGGUUUAGUAUGCCACCUAUGGAAACCUCAUCGAACUCUUGAUACGAAAUGUUUCCUCUCUUUUGCCAAUUACCUUUAUCUUGGACUUUGAAUGGAUUCAAUUGAACGCAAAUACAAGGCCUAAAUCACAGACAGGUUAUUUUAGCGUGAUUGGGCACGAGUCGUGUACUGCAUCAGUAUUUGGCCUAAGUCACUUAUUGGGAAAGGGCGUUUGUUGUAAAAGUUUUCCCACCUAUACAUUUGGUUACGUUUCUUCGUUAUGACCUAGCGGCGUAAAUGUUGUGCAAAUGAUGAGGUCAGGUAUCAAAAAUUUGUGUUGUAUAUAUGGUAGAAUGAAUGAAAUCAUUGUGUAUGUUUUGACCCUUUUUGUCAAGUUUUUGCUGGGCUGAUACGCGGUGGUUUUGUGAGGUGGUGAGAGCAGACUUGUGAAAAUUAGCUAAGAAAUCAUUGGUAUGUGUCAGUGUGAAGGCGACACAAAAAAACUGGUUGAUCCCAGUUCUAAAUUCAGUAGUGACCCCUUAGGGGAGUGAGAGAGAUAGGGGACGGGCAGAAAAAAACUGCUUGACACAGAUUCAAAAUUACUUGUGAACCCUACCAGCGUGAGGGGAGGUACAAGGUUUAAUUGACUGCUGCAUAAAUAGUGCAUGGGAAUACAGGAGACCGCCUUUAUAUGAGUCUUAAACAUUUAUGCAACUAGCAUUGAGAUAUAACUUUUUUCUGGACUCUUUAUGUAAGAUUAGUUAUGCAAUCAAAGUCGCUCUUUGUCAAUGCUUCCAUUCCCUUCGAACGUGAUGUUAAUGGUAUUAUUUUCUGUUACUGGUAUUGCUGACAGAUGGAGCUCUUCCAGACGAUUUACACCAGUUGUUUAAUUUCUCGGUUGUCCUCCGGUACUUUUUUUCUUCAACAUGUGAUGCCUCUUCCAUGGAUAAUGCGUAUUCAAUCGAAGAUUCCUCUGUGGUCCUUCUGAAUUAAUCAAGUCCACAGUUUGAUAUACACCCGUAGCGGAUACUUACAUCAUUUUGGAUGGGGAUUCGGGCAUUAGGCCAAGGCCUCGUAGUAUUGAUUGAUGAACUGGGUAUAUUUUUUCACGGCAAAAGAAAACAGUUAUAGAAUGUGCAAGAAUGAAUGAAGCUUUGCAAAAAUAUGAAAAAUCAGUUGUGUGUGCAUGUUUAUUUUGAAAAUAUUGUCAGAAAUUUCUUUUUGUGGAUGCCCUGGUUUCCUCCUACAUGUAUUUCCUUUUAUGUGGAUCUGUAAUCUGGAGUUGUUGAAAUCACUCGAUUCACCAUGGAAUUUAACGUAUAGAAACUGAUGUACAUUUGCCAUACUGCAUUUGGAUAUAAUGACGAAUAAAUAUUUGUUUAAUAGUGUAUAUUAUCUAAA